CUUCAUUUUCAUUUAGUCUACCGCCGAGUGAUAGCGUAUAGGCUACUUCCUGUAUCGUGCGCACCCAGUCCCAGCAACACAGGGUGCGCUUAGGGGUGGAACAGACCACAAACCGUCCCCAGAUCACGAAGCGCUAUCCUGAUUUGUGUCAUUUUCGAAAUGAAUUCGAGAACUGGUCAGGUUCGCAUUAUAAGGUUCACAGAAGAUUGUGGUCGAUUCGUGGCAGGCAGCGUAUCCCUCCGAUUCUAACAGGUGGACUACAUCAGGUGGAGUUUAAAGAGUGGGGGUGUACGCAGGUUAUUCAGCACAGCUCGUGUUACUCUGUGCACUGGCGUUUAUUCCACACUCAACGGCCGGACAAACGACAGAAUUCGAUUUAGUGAAUUACAUGACACAGUUAUCUUUACCCGUGGUUCGCUCUCCGUUAUUUUCUUUUAACAAAGCGUAGCCUUUACCCUCAGAUUUCCAAAAAGACGGCAGGCCGACCUAAUUAGUCAGAAGACCAACAAGACACAGGUGGGAGAUACCCGUUUUGUAGGACAGCCCCUUCUCUCGGUUCCUCAGCGGAGGGUAGGCUUGUGGGUCUGACAUUUGUUUGUCAUCCUUUGGGACAGGAGGCGAAACGAUUCCGCAAACAGUUUGAAGGGCUGGGGUUUUCGGAAGGAGAUAGCCAUGUCAACCAAAAAAACGAGCGUGGUAUCAGCGAAGCGGAGCCAGAGCCCCGUUGUGUCCGAAGGAGAGAUGUUCGGUGAAUUUCAGGACUGGUGUCUCCGGACUUACGGUGACUCGGGUAAAACAAAGACAGUCACCCGGCGAAAAUACAACAAAAUUAUCCAGACCCUCACGCAGAGCGACGACUCAGAUGGCCUCUACCUCGACAGCAACCACAUCAACGCCAAAUUUAAAUUCUGGGUGAAAUCCAAGGGUUUUCAAGUCGGAAGCGCUGAGGACCGGAAUGCGAAUGGAGGCUCUGAUAGACCUGUCCUGUACGUCCCCAUCAAGUCAACGUGUGUGGACAGCAGCACUGGGCAGGACUGCGCGUCCCUGAAGAGGGUGGCGGUGGUGGAGGACUUCUUUGACAUCAUCUACGCCAUGCACGUGGAGAUCAGCUCUGACCCCAGCAAAACCCCCAAACACGCCGGCCAGAAGAAGACCUACAAAGCGAUUGCAGAGACGUAUGCCUUCUUACCCAGAGAGGCGGUGACCCGAUUCCUGAUGAGCUGUGGCGAGUGUCAGAAGCGGAUGCACAUUAGCCCCAGCAGCGCCGACUUCAAAGAAAACGACAGACCGCCCUCUCUGACACCAGGACUCAUUGACUACAACAUGCCACUGACCACCACCUACCUGAAACAAAUGAAGCUUCAGUGCAUGAAUAACAAUGAGCAGGAUGAGAGUUCAGUGAGCAGCGAGGACUUUGAUAUGAGCGACCCCACAUGGAUAUCAGCUGAGCACGGACCCGCGCCUGACCCCAACGCCCCCAAGCACGGAGACAGAAUGCACAGCCCACAGAACGCACACAAGGAGGAGGACGAUGACUCCUCGUCUGAGAGUGGCAGUGGGAACGGGCAGCUGGCUGUCACUCCUCCCUCAUCAUUAGUGGCGGGCCCAGCCCCCAACAGCCGGACGGGCUCCACCUCCGCUCUCUGCAUCGUCACAGCAGCGGGGUCCUCAGGCGGGCCUUUUGGUGGCAAGGCUGUGAACGGCAACGGCACGGCCGCUCCGCCACCACCUCUGGACUUCAGCACUACGGCGGUGUCCUCACUGGAGGAUCGCGAGCAGCUGCAGGCGGUGAACCUGAGCGAGCAGCUGCCCCUCGACUCCCCCAUGGAGGAACUGCGCCGCAAGUACCCCACCAAGUACCCCGCAGGCAUCCCUCUGCCGCUGUCCGCCGACCUGCGCCUCGACAGAGACAUCAGGGACUGCGGCAACAAGUCUCCUCAAUACAGCUCAGGUAGCUAUGACUCUGUGAAGAUGGAGAUAUGUCCAGAGGACCUCACCGUGGGCCGUGCACAGGCAGCCGACGACGAUGACGAUGACCACGACGACCACGAAGACAGCGAUAAGAUCAAUGAGGGAGUGGACCCAGAGCGGUUAAAGGCCUUCAACAUGUUUGUGCGUCUCUUUGUGGAUGAGAAUCUGGACCGGAUGGUGCCCAUCUCCAAGCAGCCUAAGGAGAAGAUCCAGGCCAUCAUUGAGUCUUGCUGCCGCCAGUUUCCUGAGUUUCAGGAGCGCGCCCGCAAACGCAUACGUACCUACCUCAAGUCCUGCCGCCGCAUGAAGAAGAAUGGCAUGGAGACUCGACCAACGCCACCUCACCUCACCUCUGCCAUGGCUGAGAACAUUCUGGCUGCCGCCUGUGAGAGCGAGUCACGCAAGGCUGCCAAGAGGAUGCGGAUGGACGUCUACCAGGCACAUGAGGAACCCAUUGCUCUGGACAAGCCCAGCUCCCGUGAGCCGGCAUCCCUGGCCCACUCGGCGUACUCACUGGCGGCCACGGCUUACACCCAGGACCAGCUCUACAUCAACGGAGGCCUCAACUACAGUUACCGUGGCUACAGUGGACUGGGCGCCAGCAUGCCACAACCCGUUUCCCUGACAACUGGUGCGGCACAGAGCAAUGGCCCCACUGACCUCAGCAUGAAGUCGCUGGUGUCCAGCUCCUCCUCCUCGUCCAGCUCCAACAGCCACGCCAACAGCCACGUGCGCAACGGCAGCAGCGGCGGAGCCGGCGGCGGUGCCUCGGCCCAGCUCAGCCCCACCGAGAUCACGGCCGUGCGGCAGCUGAUCGCCGGCUACCGCGAGUCCGCCGCCUUUCUGCUGCGCUCAGCUGACGAGCUGGAGAACCUCAUCCUGCAGCAGAACUGAGCUGGGGACGAGCGCCCACACACUUAUCCGUCCACCUCUCUCUCGCUCGCUCUCUCUCUCUCUCUCUCUCUUUGCUCUUUUCUCUCUCGCUCUCCCCAACUCUAUCACACUGCCCCCGCAGCUCCUCUCUUGCUCUGACUUGGAUCCUGGCCCUCCCCCUCAACCCCCCUCUCCUAUUCCCCAGAGCUGUCAGGGGGGCUCUCUGCAGUUCUGCACCAAUGACUCUUAAGCCGUCAGCCCAAAAUAGAUGGAGGCAGAAAAGAAUCAGAGAGCAGAAAGAAGGAUGAGUGAAGAGAGAGACGACCCUACCUUGAGAGAGCAUGGUCAGAUGGGGAGCUAAGAAAGAAAAAAAAAGACUGAAAAGAGAGAGAGGUGUAGUGGGCAACAAUCCCCAACGCCCCCCACCCCCCAGUGCCCCCGACCCAUGUGGGUGAGUGAUGUGGGCCCUGCUGCGGGACACUAUAUACAUAACGCCAGUGAGAUUUACAGGACACCUCUCUUCAUCUCUCUCUUCGAGAGACCCCCCUUACAAAAGACUCCUCGCAUUACCAACUAAAACACUUUGCUUAAUGACAAAUGAGUCUAACUGGAAAGUAUAAAUCAUUUCUUUUGUUUAAUGUGUCUUUUUUUUGUUUGUUUGUUUGUUUGUUUUCUUUCUUCUUUACGUGUGCCUGCGUGCGUGUGUGUGUGUGUGUGUGUGUGUGUGUGUGUGUAUGGAAGCAAAUGAAAGGAGAGAGUGAGAGACUUACGUACCUGCUGUAAAUAAACGCUCUCUGUGUCCUAAAGCACUUUCCCCCUACUUCUCCGGACCUCGCCCUCUCCUCCCCAGCUCUCUCCCUGGGGAUGAUCGCUUAUCUUAUGCAUAAGGAGAUGCCAUUGCUACCACCCCGACUCCUCCCCACACCCCCCACCCACCCUUGGGAAAAAAAAAUACCUCAGAUCUGCCGGGUCUUCUGUGUUCUCGACUCCUGACUGACUUCACCAGAGCUGCUUUUACAGCCUCAAGUGGAGGAAACGGGAGAUUCUCGCCGAAGGGUUUGGUCCAACAGCAUUUCCAUGCCGAAGGGUUUGGUCCAACAGCGUUUCCAUGUCGUUCGUGUGUGUAAAUAUCUGCAUCAUUUUUUUAGCUGAAGUGACUUGACUACCACUGGAAAGUUUGUGAUGUUCCCAACCUCUUCAUCGCCACGGUAACCCAACAUCAUCCAUCCACUCCCUCCCCCCGUCCUUACCCCAUCUUCAUCUCAAAGACUUGUGUUGUCUGUGGGACCAUUGCACUUGCCAUAGCGGGCCCAGCACAGCAUAUGGCUCUCCACAUGAGCGGAUGGGUCGGACCGCCCCGUAACCUUGGAUGCCAAAUCUCUCCGUCCGCAGCGUGGCGCACUGCAUCCUCUCCUGGGCUUUGGCUCAUCGCUUCUUGCUUUUUUUCCUCCUUUCCUGAUACCUCUGCCACCCCUCCUCUCUUCUAACCUCUCCUCUACUCAGUUCCGGGGGGGGUGGGGGGCAAAGUCAUCUGUCGCUAGUCUUUAUAUCUGUUGACUCAACUUUUUCUUUUCUUUAAAACAAAUGGCCAUUAAUCCAUGCUGCUGCUAUGGACUGGACUCUAUUUUGCCACAGACCUGAAACCUCAAGAAGAAGUCAGGAUCGCCAGCCUGCUGCACAACCAGACCACCUCAAGACCAAAUCCAUGAAGAGGCAGACGUGGGAGGAGAAACUGUUGAAACUGUAAUAGCCGCAGAGAAACUGAUGAGAGACUUGAAAGAAGAAAAAACUCUGACUACUUAAAAAAAAAAAAAAAAAAAAAAAAAAACUGCCGUCUACAUUUUUUUACUGUUGUUUUUUUUUGGUGAAAUUUCUAUUUUCGUGGCUUGUAAUGUGAGUUUGCAUUCUUGUGUUGGUUUCACAGGGCUGUUUACCUUUACUCCCAGUCUCUCUCUCUCGCUUAUCCUCAUUUCUUUGCUGUGAGAGAGAAUAUUGUGACACUGACGUGAGCUUAGCUCCUGAGGUCCCCUCCCCCCCAUUCCACUGGGGGUCAGGGAUACUCCUCUGGGCCCAUCACCUCAGCCUCCAGGAGGGGUACUUGAUAUGAUCUCUGACCUAAAAUGAAUGAAAUGCAAAACUUUUGUUUGUUCUUUUCCAUUUUGUUAGUCUGGUUUUCCCUUUGUUUUUCUUCUCAAGGACAGUCUGACUUCUAAGGGUUUGCUGUCACAUCACUGUAAUCUUUGCUCCCUUUUGCACACAGAAUACAUCACAGAAGCCCUGUGCCAGGUAAUUGAGGGUGGGUGGUUGGUUCUCCGUUCAUUCGGAGGAUGGGUAAGGUAGAAUUCUCCCAUCUCCAUCUCACACCAGUGUUGGCAGGGCCCUGCUGAGGGAAGGAGUGUGGCAAUGCAGUCGAUAAUCAUAGCAUUCCUGGUCACUGGCAGCAGUCAGCUUAACCCACGCAAGGGGGUGGCUCAGGUGUGAUCGCACUUACCUUCUGCCACAGGGCGCGGGGUCUGGGUUCUGUUAAGACAACUCGCAAAUGAGUGUGACUGAAUGUGUGAGAGUUCAUGUGGACUCGAGGGGUCACGUGUGCCGAGGGCUGUGACAUUGCGAGCGCCCACUGAGCCCUGUGACUGAAAGCCUCGCGCCACAGAGUUAACACCCCUUCCGUUCCCUGCAUAGGCAUUUCUCAACCCCACGGCAACACAUUUUGGAGAAUUGAGACGAGAAAAUGUAAUAUAUUUUAUUUAUGAAAAGUGGUAUGGGUAAAUGUACACAGUGGAAAUGUGUGGGAGCUGUCUAUUCUAAAAUGCUGUUGGUUAAAAAUGACUGAGAAAAUGAAGAAAAUAUGCAAAAAAGACCAGUCCGAGGCUACACCUCACUGUGUUCUCUCUCUCUCUCUCUCUCUCUCUCUCUCUCCCCCUUCUUCCUCUCGUCUCUCACCUUGUCCCCCUGUCAGUGUGAGCACAGUGGCCACUGAAUCAUCUUUCUUCUCUCUUCUGUCUUUUGACUCUCGCUCUCGUUUCCUUGUGGUGGCUCCAUCCCUUGCUCUGUCUCAGCAGUAUCUGCCUCUCCCUCGGGUCUCUAUCGCAACUGUGCAGUGCAAUGCACCAUGGGAGGAGUAAGGAAGAUAGCCAGACAUGGGGGGGGAGAGAAAAAUAAGAGAUUGAUUUCAUAGUCAAUCCUCCUGUUGUUUGAUGCACAUCAGAGGGCAGUCCCUGGUGUUGUAUACUGCUGAGUCUCAUGGUAUUCAUGAGCUCUGAAUUAACCCCCUACAUACACUGUCACUUUCCAAUUAUCUCUGUCCUAGUCUCUCAUAGUGUUCUCUUACACGCUUACACACACACACAAAUGUACAGGCUCUCUGUGUCCCUUGUCAGACAGUCCGUCUCCCACUCUCCCUGAUACACACACUCAUACUCACACUCACAAGCACAGGUAUUCAUACAUACAUAUAGUCUCUCACCAUCCCUCUUUGUCUCUUCACACCAGAGCCUGCCCUUGUAAUGUCAGUUAUGGCGAGUGAUGGAUUAGGCUAAGGGGAGACAGGGAGGCAGGGUUUUGAAUGCUGCCUUCUCUUCGACUGGUGCUUUAGGGAAGCUUGGCUCAGAGUGAUGGAUGGACCCCCCCACAACAACCCCUUACCCUUAACCCUUACACAUACACCCCUCAUAACCUCAUUCCAGCCCCACCCUCCCCCGCUAAGGAAAUUAUAUUGUCAAGCGCUGCUGCUGAAUUUCUCUAACCUCACAUGCCACUAAGCUCUGCUUCAGUUUAACAGAGAAGGAAUUUAAAAA